GACGAAGCUAAUGUUCUGCAAGUUUUGCAAACAAGCCCCGCUGUCACUCGCAGGUUCCUCACUUUUUAUCUCCGGUAAUCCGAAUCUGAAGAGGGAUGCUGUGGUGAAACACUCGACAUCCACUCGGCACUCUCGCUGCAGGGAUGUAUUCAUCAACAAAUCACAGCCCAGCAAUCCACGUACGGUUGAAGCCGCUGUUAGCAGGCAGGUAGCAUUAAGUAACCAAGAAGCUAUUCGUCAGCUAAAAAUUAAAUUCAACAUCGCCUAUCUAAUUGCCAAAGAAGAAGUACCAUUUACCAAAUUCGGACCAAUGAUCGCACUUCACCACAAAAACGGAGUUGACAUUAAUCCUACAUAUGAUAACGAUGUGAGGUGUGCGGAAAUGAUUGGGCAAAUAGCUGAAGACAUAAGGGACGCUCUGGCUGACCAGAUGCAAGCGAGCCGUUACCUGUCAGUCCUGAUUGACAUCUGACAUCUCAAACUGACAUCUCAAACUGACAUCUCAAACACCGAAUGUGAGAUUGUCUAUGCGCGAUUCCUGGAGGAUGGGAGACCCGUGACCCGCCUCAUUGGUCAACAGAGUAUAGAACAGGCCCAUGCACAAGGUAAGUGUUUUGCAGUUUUAAUUCUACCCAAUAAUACUUGAUAUUUUGGAAAGUUAAGAAAUCUAUCUGAACAAAUCAGUAGUAAUAAUAAUAAAAAAUAUAUGUAACAUUUCCAAUGGUCAAGAUGCAAUAUAAAUACAUAAAUAAAUAAAAGGAAACAAGGGCUAAGGCAUGUCUGCUUCUAUAAGAAAGAGUAGGUUAUGCAUAAUGAAAGCUUAAACACAAUUGGAGAACAUGAAGUUAUUUAAGUUAUAUUUGAUUUAAUCAUGCAAUAAUGUACUGUCUUUCUGUGUUGAUGUUGUUUAUUGCCUUUUGUGAAACUUAACUUUAAUGUCAUUUUAGGUAUUCUGGAUGGAACCAGUGCUGCUUUUGAUGCACUUGAAAACCAAGUGUGUUGCAUUUGGGGCAGAUGGUGCAGCAGUUAACAUGGGUGUCCAUAGGGGAGUAAUUGCCUUACUCAAGAGGGAUGUGGGAAACCAUGUUAUCCCUAUCCACUGCAUGCCACACAGGUUGGAGUUGGCCAUUCUGAAUUUACAGCGCAAGGAUGCAAUGGUCACAAAAGUAUACGACCUUCUCCAUCUUGUGUGGAAGACCUACCACUUCAGCCCUAAAUCCAGGCGUGAGCUGAAUACAAUUGGGGAGGAGCUUGGAGUGGGGAUCUGCACUCCUUCAAGUGUAAAAGGAACAAGGUGGAUUCCCCAUGUCCACAGAGCACUUAAUGUGCUCCUUCGUGCUGGAAGAGGUGGGAAUCUGGCAACUGACAGUGGUCAGUAUGCCGCCAUUCACCACCACAUGGAACACCUUGCCUCAUCUGCAGCCAAUGCAGACAUACAAGGUCGUGCUAAAAAGAUUAGGAAGGAAAUGCAUGAAGUUAACUUCUGUGCAUUUAGCCAUUUCCUGGCUGAUGUUUUUCAUGAGCUGGCCUCACUCAGCUGCAUCCUUCAGAGGAAUGAUCUCAUUCUACCUCAAGCAGUUUCAGAAAUUAGGAAGACAGUCAUGGUACUGCAGGCUAUGCAGGGAACCCCUAAGAGAGGUGGCAUACUAUGCCAGUUUUUGGCUUCUCUUCCAGGACAGCAAAUGGAAGAAGUCACAUUUCAGGGUGUGCCACUCUCUGGUGAUGUGACGGGUAACUUAGGCAAUCAGAAACUAAAAAAAAACAUGACUGCUGUGAUUGCCAUCACUGUGGAAGCCCUGAAUACUCGCUUUGGUAGUCUGAUCAAUGCGGAAACCCAAGACUACUCUGUGGUAAAUUGUUUCACAAUUUUCAACCAUGACACAUGGCCUGAAAAUAGUGAUGAGCUCCUCAACUAUGGAUCUGACAAGGUGGAGGCCCUCGUGGAACACUUUAGUGAUGUGCUUACUAGCUUUGGAUGCCAACUUGAAGCUAUACAAGAGGAAUGGCAGAGUGUUAAGGCACUCAUAAGCCACACAUUUCAGGACAAGUCCUACAGGAGCUUAUGGCAAAUGCUUUUGACUAAAGAGCCAUAUAAAACAGACUACAAGAACCUCCUGCACCUAGUUGAGAUCCUAUUGAUUCUGCCCAUUUCUGCUGCGCAGUGUGAGCGCGGUUUCUCAGCACAAAAGCGCAUCAAGAGCUCUUUAAGAAGUAGUUUGCAUGUAUCUACUACUGUGGACCUGAUUCGGAUCAGCACAGAGGGACCAUCCCUGGAACGUUUUGAUCCUACAAAAUGUGCUGAAAAUUGGCUGUCUGCUGGAAAGAGGUCAAGGCGACCAGGCUACAAAGCUUGGCCAAGUGACUCAGACAUGAUCUUCAUUUCAGAUGAAAUGUGAAACAUGCAUAGGGCCUACAUACAAUAAUAAAUAUACAAUGAAAUCUACAUGACGUUUUGUUUGACAGUUUUGGUCUGAUGUUCUUAACCUUACAACAAGUAUUGUAAUGUGUUAUUGUUAAUAACAAUAAUAAUAAACUUAUACAACAAAAA